GAUCUCGCCAACUGUCAUGGCGUCUCCCUUGAAGGGGGUUUGGUGCUGGAGAAAGUAGCCGCUGUCAUUUAUCAAUUUUCUCGCUCGUGCAGUGCAGCUAACCCCGACCGAAGAGGCUUUCAGGAGCGGGUAUUUACCAUGGGGACCGUCCAUGCUAAGAGCCUGGAUCCUCUCCCGAUGCAUGGCCGGGACUUGGGGGUCCACCCCGACGACCUAGUGGAGCCUCCGGAACCGGAGCAGGAGUCCAAGCAGGAGAUCCUCGAAAACAAAGAUGUGGUCGUCCAGCACGUCAACGUCCAGGGUCUUGGGAGAACUAAAGAGGACCUGCUCGGCUACGAGAUCUCUGAGGUUUUCCACGCCAAAAACCUCAUCGACGUGAUGAAAAAAUCUCACAUCGCCAGACAGAGGCUGCUCCGUCUGGGCAUCUUCAAAGAGGUGGAGGUUCUGAUCGAUACGUCGGAAGGUUCGGACGCUUUGCCCAACGGCCUGGAUGUAACCUUUGAGGUGACGGAGGUCAAGAGGCUGACGGGCAGCUACAACACCAUGGUUGGCAACAAUGAAGGAAGCAUGGUGCUGGGUGUGAAGUUGCCCAACACGUUCGGUCGAGCAGAGAAACUCACCUUCCAGUUCUCCUACGGGACCAAGGAGACGUCCUACGGCCUGUCCUUCUUCAAGCCCCAGCCGGGCCACUUUGAUCGCAACCUCACCCUCAACAUGUACAAAGUCACCGGUCAGUUCCCAUGGAGCUCCUUAAAAGAGACCGACAGAGGCGGAUCUGCAGAAUUUAAUUUUCCUCUGGGGAUGACCAACCACACGCUGAAGUGGGAGGGCGUGUGGCGGGAGCUGGGCUGCCUGGCACGCAGUGCGUCCUUCGCCGUGCGCGAGGAGAGCGGACACUCGCUGAAGUCUGCCCUCUCGCACACUGUGUCAAUCGAUUCAAGGAACUCCGCCAUCUUCCCCAGCCGGGGUGCCUUACUCCGGAUCAACCAGGAACUGGCGGGGUACACAGGAGGAGACGCCAGCUUCCUGAAGGAGGAUUUUGAGCUGCAGCUCAACAGACGGCUCUUCUGGGACUCGGUCUUGUCUGCGUCUCUGUGGGGGGGGAUGCUUUGUCCCAUCGGAAGACAGCCGUCCUGCAUCGCUGACAGGUUCUACCUCGGGGGUCCCACCAGUGUGCGAGGAUUUGGGAUGUACAGCAUCGGGCCGCAGAGUGAAGGUGACUAUCUGGGUGGAGAGGCGUACUGGGCAGGCGGCCUGCACCUCUACACUCCGCUGCCCUUCAGACCGGGCAAGGGAGGCUUCGGAGACCUUUUCAGAACGCACUUCUUCCUCAACGCCGGCAACCUCUGCAACCUCAACUACGGCGACGGCCCCCGAGCACACCUCCAGAAGCUGGCUGAAUGUCUCCGCUGGUCGUACGGAGCAGGCAUCGUUCUGCGGCUCGGCAACAUCGCCAGACUGGAGCUCAACUACUGCGUUCCCAUGGGAGUCCAGAGUGGAGACAGGAUAUGUGACGGUGUCCAGUUCGGAGCAGGGAUUCGCUUCCUGUGACCUCAUCACUCCACUGCCCUCGGCGCUCCAGCAGAGGCU